AUGGUGCGCUUCAGUUAUCAGAACGAUGGACCUCCACCCACUCGCACCUUCUAUUCCGGUCAGCAAGCGGUGCAAAUCAUUUUGAUGAUCAUUGCCGUGAUCAGUGUACCAUGGAUGCUUCUGACCAAACCGUUGAUUCUGCUCAUGCGUCAUCGUGCCAUUGCCAAACACUAUCCUCGGAACGGGUUACUGCAUGGUUCAGACAGUUCCAACCUUCCAGUCGGUGGUUUAACGAAUGCAGGCAUGGUGGAUGAGCCGUUAGGCGGCGGAGACGGCAAUGCAAUCGGAUAUGCCGACACGGUCCCUUUGCAUGGUUCUUCUAGUCGCCUUUCCAAGGCAUCCACUUUCACGGAAACCAGUGAUGCAACCUCAACUACCACAACGGAACAUGAAAAAGGUCGUGCACCGACCACUUUACCGAAGGAAACCAAUGUUUCAUCUGAAAAGAUAGUGAUUAACGAUGGCCUGGCAGCCUCGUCUAUCGCUGACUCGACUGAUUUAGUGGAAGAGCCUUUCGACUUCGGAGAUAUGAUGAUCUACCAGGCUAUUCAUACCAUUGAGUAUUGUCUUGGUUGCAUCUCGAACACUGCCUCCUAUUUACGUUUAUGGGCUUUGAGUCUAGCCCACGCUCAGUUGUCAGAAGUCCUGUGGACUAUGGUCAUGCACAUGGGCUUGAGUGUCAACGGGUUAUACGGAGGCGUUAUCUUGUUCGCCAUUUUUGCUUUCUGGGCCGUUUUGACGCUUAGUAUUCUGCUACUCAUGGAAGGUCUCUCAGCUUUCCUUCACACAUUACGUUUACAUUGGUGA